AUGACAUGGACUGAGGCCCAGAGCUACUGCAGAGCAAACUACAGAGACCUGGCCAGUGUGAGGAACAUGGCAGAGAACCAGAAGAUACAGGAUCUGGUACCUGCUGGGGGCAAAGCCUGGAUCGGACUUUCCAGAGACUCCUGGAAGUUCUGGAGUGCUGGGCAGCCUGACAACUAUGGGUACAAUAAGGCUUGUGUGGUUGCACGAUUCAACUCCUUUGGACGAUGGGGGGACGUUCCCUGUGGGAGGAAGUACCCGUUCAUCUGCUACAGUCCACUUCCAAAGCAAGAGUUGAAAUUGUUCAAACUGAAGGUGAAGAAAAGCUCCUCUGCGGAUCUGGACGACCCUGCUGUGCUGGAGAACAUGUUGCUGACGAUCAAACAGAAGCUGAAGGGAUUGGAUGAGAACAUCCAAGUGAACUGGAAGAAGCAGCCUGAUGGAAAAGUCUUCUACAAGGAGAAGAAGACGAAGGAGGAGGAGAAGACGAAGGAUGAGCUUUAAUGUGGAAUCUCUGUCUGUUUUUCUUUCUUUCCUCUAAGUCGUCAUGUAACGGCUCAGAAUAGAGCUGAACAAUCAGCUGAUUAGUCGAUUAGUCACAACUAUUCUGAUUUGAUGCUUUUCUUUGUUAUAUAUGGUCAUGAACUUCAUGUCUGUGUUCUUUAGACUGUUGCAUUUAUCUGCUUGACCUGUGGGAUAUAAUGACAGGCAUCUUUACUAUGUUCUGACAUUUUAUAUGAUUAGAUUAAAUACAAUAUGAUAAGAAACUAUAAGAUAAAAUAAGAUUUCACUGAAGGCAACUCCAGUGGAAAAAUCACCAAUAAAAAAGAUGACGUUGUGAAGAAUCUUUAAAAUCUAUUUACAUGAGAAAGAUAAAUAUUUCUUAAUUUGAGAGUAAUAUUGCAUCACAAAUGUGUUGUUGUCUCGCUGUUAUGUCUCAGAAUAUCUUAAAAGUAGUUUACAGAAAGAUAAUUACAUGUAUGCUGAUUAAAACAAGACGUUUAUUAUUCAUCUGCUUUGUUUCUGGGGUUUUAUAACAGGGAACUUUUCUAUUUUCUGACAUUUUAUAGAUCAGAUAUGAUUAAAUUAAUAGGUAAGAUAAUAUUGUAAGAAUAAAAAAUAAAUAAAUAAAAAAGAUGACCUUUAAUGUUAAUAUUAAUUGUAUGUAUUAUUCUUAUGCUGUCACUUUGUUAGAGAUGCAAACAUGUGACUUUUCUUAAGUGACUGUAACAUCUUCUAAGAUAAAAUGCUAAAUCUCCGCUGGUUCCAGCUUCUUAAAUAUUAAGACUUGAUGCUUGUUUUGUCACAAAUGAUCAUGAACUAAAUAUCUUUUGGUUUUGAAAGUGUCUUUGGGGGAAAUGUCAUAAUGAAAUAAAAACUAUAUCCAAUAAAGUAAUGUUA